AUGCCUACGCGCUACACUUCACAAGAAUAUGCGAACAUGCACCUCAUCUAUGAGGAAUGCAGAUGCAACGCAAGUACCGCCGCUAGACUUUAUCGUGAAAGAUAUCCAAAUUUAGAGCGCUAUUCGGAUCACCGCGUGUUUGUUAAUGUGCAUCGUUCACUCACGGAGGGCGGCCAUUUCCCGAAUCAAAUACGGACUGGAGGUAGAGCUCGCUUUCCUAACGAGGAAGAAGUGUUACAAAAGGUCGCAGAUGACCCAAGUAUUUCCGUUCGUGGAAUUGAAGAAAGAACGGGAAUACCC